CUGAAGCAUAAUCCAAACGUAACCACCCCAUGUUUCCGACAUCCAACUGAAAAAAACCGCCCACUUCAUAACUUCCCUGUCCCAUAACGCAAGUAACUGCCAACACUUCUACAUAAACAGGACAUCAACCAUUUUUACAAAUUUUCCCUCUUUCAACUCUCCAUUGAUGUCUUCUGAAAAUGAACGAAAUCACCGAAUCUGAUCCCGGAUUUCGAUUCCUUUCUUCUGUUACUCAACAUAACAUCCCGGACUUGCCUUCUUUGCCCAGCAAUGUUGUGAGUUACGAACCGAAGCCCCGGAAGAAACGCUCCAAAUUGAUAAAGAUUGGUGUUGGUGGAUUCCCGACUAGUUCUAGCACCGUUUCCAGGCCUAAAUAUGCCAAAAAACCUGACCCUUCUGCACCAAAGAUUACACCACCUUGUAGUGAAUGUGGGAAGAAGUUUUGGUCAUGGAAAGCACUUUUUGGACACAUGAGAUGUCACCCUGAGCGACAGUGGCGUGGAAUUAACCCCCCUCCGAAUCAUUGCCGUCCUGUCAAACCGACAAAUAGUACGGAGGCCUUGAUGACGGAGGACGAACACGAAGUUGCAGCAUCCUUAUUGAUGCUGGCUAAUAGUGCCCCCGCCAGUGAGAGCAAAUGCGGUACAAGUUAUAAACCCGGGGUUCAAGAAACCGAAAUUUUCCCCAUAAACUUCCAGUUCGAAUGCUCGAGUUGCAAGAGGGUUUUCGGGUCACGUCAAGCACUGGGAGGGCACAGGGCUAGCCACAAGAACGUCAAGGGUUGUUUCGCGAUAACAAGAAGUGACGGCUACGAUGACGACGACAUGGCUAAAGAAAAUGUGGAAGACAAUAGUAGGUUGAUGAUAGUUUGGGGUCACAAAUGCAGCGUUUGCUUGAGGGUGUUCUCUAGCGGUCAAGCCUUGGGUGGGCAUAAGAGGUGCCAUUGGGAGAAAGGGGACGAUGAGACAUCACUGAACCAAGGGCUCAACCUUUUGGCAGCAAAGCAAGAUUGUGGCUUGGACCUGAAUUUGCCCGCUCCUGUUGAAAAUGAUUCAUCUCCUUCAUAUUCUUCGACCUUAGCUUUGGAUUUAAGGUUAAGUCUGUAA